GGAACCCAGAUUGAGUUGUCUAUAGGUGUCACCUUUGGAUUAUCGACCAUGGCAGGUAAGACUGUUCAAUUGUGAUCUGAAAUGUUCAAAUUUAGCAGUAGCUCCCUCAAUAAACAUUGGUCAGAAUACUUCUCUAUUGCAUUGUCUUUUACGCUGCUGCUACUCUCUGUUUAUUAUCUAUACAUAGUCACUUUAACUCUACCCACAUGUACAUAUUACCUCGACUAACCUGUGCCCCCGCACAUUAACUCUGUACCGGUACCCCCUGUAUAUAGCCUCCCUACUGUUAUUUUAUUUUACUGCUGCUCUUUAAUUAUUUUUUACUUAUCUAUUUUUUAAUUAACACUUAUUUUUCUUAAAACUGCAUUGUUGGUUAAGGGCUUGUAAGUAAGCAUUUCACUGUAAGGUCUACACCAGGGUUCUUCAAUUCCGGUCCUGGAGGGCCGAAACACUUCUGUUUUUUCAUUCUACCUGGUAGUUAAUUGCACUCACCUGGUGUCACAGGUCUGAAUUAGCCCCUGAUUAGAAGGAGAGGAUGAAAAACAGAGGUGUUUUCGGCCCUCCAGGACCGGAAUUGAAGAACCCUGGUCUACACCUUUUGAUUUGAUUUGAUUCUCAACAUAACCUUACAGGGGUCAAAUCUUUUGCAAUAUAACAAAAGUCUAGCCAGCCUCUACCCAAUGGGGUAGAUUAACUGCUGCUCUGGAGGUCACAUCAAAAGAUACAGCAUAUUUGUCCUUAUUUCGGAGCUAAACCAAAAGUACAUAUUGGGUUACCAUCCAGUCUUGACAGUGAUGAUGGUACAUUUUUGUAUCUGUUACAGUCUUGUGUAUUACUCAUCCUGAAUCCCACUGUGACAGUAGAUAGCAGUCAUUUUACCCUCACUAUGGGGCCUGAUGGAUUUUGUAGGCUAUGUUUUUGGAAGCAUGUAGGCUUCUGUCCCUGAUUUUAAGGUCUUCAACUGACAUACUUUAUCUAUUUGAGCCCUGCUUGUUCCAUUGAUGGUUACCGCAGCUAUUCACAUUAGACAAAGCCACUCCCAAGAAUUGUGGGAUGGUUUUGUUUAGGCUAUAUACUUUUGUUUAGAGUAGAUAUAUGUUUCUCUCGUGUAGGAAUGAGUAGUGCAAAUUUAAUCUGGUUUAAUUGAUUGGCCACUGAGCUCAUCUUCUCAGUCCCAAACAACUGCUUUGGCAAGGCUUCUGGUUGGUUAGAGAUACUCACAUACUUACUGUUAAUGCUCCCGAAAAUACUUUUUGGUACACUGAAGCUUUCUUUCUACAAAAGCCAUGUAGGGAUGCAACUAGGGCUGGGAAUUGCCAGGGACCUCACGAUACGAUAUUAUCACGAUACUUAGGUGCCGAUACGAUAUGUAUUGCGAUUCUAUAUGUAUUGUGAUUUGAUACUGUGAUUGCGAUUGGAUGAUCCAAACAAAUUUGAUCAGUCAUGGAAAUAUUUUGAUCAGUCAUGGAAAUUUUGCAGCUAUUUAAAGCUGCAAUGUGUACAUUUUUGGUCGACCUGGACAAAUUCACAUAGAAAUGUGAGUUAUAGAUCUGUCAUUCGCAUCGAAAUCAAGUCUAAGAAGAGGUAGAUAUGUUCUAUGUGUGCUCUUUCUAUGCUUCCUGUUAAGUUUUGUUUUUGCAUCUUUUACAUUUUACAUUUUAGUCAUUUAGCAGACGCUCUUAUCCAGAGCGACUUACAGUUAGUGAGUGCAUACAUUUUCAUACUGGCCCCCUGUGGGAAACGAACUCACAAGGCUUUUAUUUCGGUUUUGUACACCAGCUGAAAAUACAAUAUUUGUGGUUAUUGAAGAGAAUUCACAGUGGUUUAAAUGGUACAAUGAUUCUCUACACUAAACUGAAAUUAGGCAAAGUAUUUUUUAAAUGUAGCAACCAGGAAAUGGUGGAGCGAUUUCUGCAUAUUGCACCUUUAAAAAAAGAAGAUGAACAAGCUAUGAAGGGAAAAUACUGGAAUUUUGGUGCAGGUACAGAAAACGAGCGCAAAAAUAAUAUUUCAAUAUUUCUUGUGCGAUAUAUCUUAAAAAAUGAUAUUCUGAUAUGUAAUUGUAUAAAAAAAAUUCCCCCCAACACUAGUAUGUGGAACAGAAUCCCUGGACCAUUAUAGUGCCUUGGGGAUCACUUUUGAAAUAUCACCACUGUCCAAGGAAUAACAGUUUGAUCAUUGAAUACAAGAACAUAUAGAUGCUUGCCAAUUCCAAUCCUCAUAGUCAGUGCUGUCUAAUGCUGGCACAUAUUAAUAUACAUCCAAGAUUUACCAAGUGCUAUUAAAUAGUGCCACCAUACAUCCACAUUACAGUACAAUUUACGGUCGCUACUCAUCCCAGUGUGAUGCACAAGUAGUGUUUUCAUGAUGCUUUCAGGGUUUAUAGCAGUUGGAUCUAAGCAGUUCCUUGGACCUGGUUCAUAUUUUGGCUGACUGCUGAGAGCUCACUGAUGCUAAUGAAGUGAUAAUGCAAUUCAGUACACUGAUCUGAUUGCAAACUGUAGAGACAGUGGCUGACCUUUUGAACGUUUGAAAAAGGAAUCAAUGUGGCUCAGCAUUGUUUACAUGUUUAAACAAAGAACAGGAGAACAGGAGCAGUUAUAUUGUAUUGAAAAAUGAACUGAUUUCGAGAAUCGUUUGGUUUAGAGACUAUGCGUAAAAUCUCUUAUUCCUCUUCUGUUACAGCUGCAGCUCUUGGGAACCUAGUGUCAGACCUGGCUGGACUUGGGUAAGAGGACCAACCACUCCUCCAUUAUGUGUAAUAUUUAGUCUGUCAUAGAACUCUCAAAGCCUUGCAAGUAUAUCAGUGGUGGGGGUCACAAGUUACUGGGUAGACAGGUAUGAUUUUGACAUACUCUACAUGACCAAAAGUAUGUGGACACCUGCUCGUCGAACAUCUAAUUCCAAAAUCAUAGGCAUUAAUAUGGAGUUGGUCCCCCCUUUGCUGCUAUAACAGCCUCCACUCUUCUGGGAAGGCUUUCCACUAGAUGUUGGAACAUUGCUGCAGGGACUUGCUUCCAUUCAGCCACAAGCAUUAGUGAGGUUGGGCACUGAUGUUGGGCGAUUAGGCCUGGCCGCAGUCGCCGUUUCAAUUCCUCCCAAAGGUGAUCGAUGGGGUUGAGGUCAGGGCUCAGUGCAGGCCAGUCAAGUUCUUCCAAACCGAUCUCGACAAACCAUUUCUGUAUGGUUUGAGCAAAGGGGCACUGUCAUGCUGAAAUAGGAAAGGGCCUUCCCCAAACUGUUGCCACAAAGUUGGAAGCACAGAAUCGUUUAGAAUGUCAUUGUAUGCUGUAGCAUUAAGAUUUCCCUUCACUGGAACUAAGGGGCCUAGCCCGAACCAUGACAAACAGCCCCAGACCAUUAUUCCUCCUCCACCAAACUUUACAGUUGGCACUAUGCAUUCAGGCAUCCGCCAAACCCAGAUUCAUCUGUCGGACUGCCAGAUGGUGAAGCGUGAUUCAUCACUCCAGAGAACGCGUACCCACUGCUCCAGAAUCCAAUGGCAGCAAGCUUUACACCACUCCAGCUGAUGCUUGGCAUUCCAGAAGCAGUUUGGAACUUGGUAGUGAAUGUUGCAACCGAGGACAGACGAUUUUUACGCGCUUCAGCACUCAGCGGUCCCAUUCUGUGAGCUUGUGCGGCCUACCACUUCGCGGCUGAGCCGUUGUUGCUCCUAAACUUUUCGCUUCACAAUAACAGCAGUUACAGUUGACUGACUGGGGCAGCUCUAGCAGGGCAGAAAUGUUAUGAACUGACUGGAAAGGUGGCAUCCUAUGACGGUGCCACGUUCAAAGUCAAUGUUUGUCUAUGGAGAUUGCAUGGCUGUGUGAUCGAUUUUUAAUACACCUGUCAGCAAUGGGUGUUGGUGAAAUAUCCGAAUCCACUAAUUUGAAGGGGUGUCCACAUACUGUAUGAUUGUGAUUUUUCUUGAAAUGGAAUGGUAAUACACAUGUUACAUGACUACCAUAGCUGCGUUUCUUAUAUUGUUCGUCUGUGGGCAGUCUUGCCGGAUACGUGGAGGUCCUAGCCUCCAGGCUAGGGAUGCAGGUUCCUGACCUGACCCCCAAGCAGGCUGACAUGUGGCAGACCAGGGUUAGCUCCCACAUGGUGAGUGAUUUUAGAAAUGAUUAUCUUUAUGGGCUGGUCUACUCCUGGACAAAAAAUCUUAAACUGGUUAUGAGAAACUGGCCCUAUAAGGUUGAGCUAUUUAGAGGAUGGCUGGUUUACUAGCUAUCCAUGUUCAAAGAUUUAUGAUAACCUUAAUAGCAAGAUGCAUAAGGCAGAAUCCUGACUUGAGAAACAUGCACAAAACUCAAACUGUGGAGAACUUCGCAUUUGACAUGUAUUAUUCUUCUGUUGUGUGCAGGGAAAAGGUAUUGGAGUCACAAUCGGAUGCAUUCUGGGAAUGUUCCCCCUGUUAUUCCUAGGGGAUGAUGAUGAGAGCAAGAAAAAAGAAGCACAAACCAACACCACAGACUCUUAA